CUCGGAUUUUGUUGCUACCCUAAGCGGUUAUUUAAGGCACAAGUUAAGAGCGAAUCGCUGUAAACAGAAGUGAUUUAUAAAAGUGAUCAUUUAGAACAUUUUUAAUUAUGUUUAAGAAUACAUUUCAAAGCGGAUUCUUGUCCAUUUUGUACAGCAUCGGAAGCAAACCUCUACUUAUAUGGAAUUCACAGGUGAGAAAUGGACAUAUAAAGCGCAUUACAGACGAAGACAUCCAGUCACUAGUGCUUGAGAUGGAAGGAUCUAAUGUCUGCACGACCUACAUCACAUGCCCGCAAGAUCCAAAGAAAACCCUGGGCAUCAGACUUCCCUUCCUGGUCAUGAUAAUCAAGAAUCUGAAGAAAGGUUUUGCAUUUGAAGUUCAGGUGUUGGAUGAUGCUAACGUGCGGCGGAGAUUCCGAGCCAGUAGCUACCAGAGAACCACACGGGUGAAUCCCUUCAUCUGCACCAUGCCCAUGAGGCUGGAUGAAGGUUGGAACCAGAUCCAGUUCAACCUGUCUGACUUCACAAAGAGAGCUUAUGGCACCAAUUACAUCGAAACGCUGCAUGUACAGAUCCACGCGAACUGUCGCAUAAGAAGAGUAUACUUUUCUGACAGACUGUACUCGGAGGACGAGCUGCCGGCCGGGUUUAAACUUUAUUUGCCGAUACAACACAAAGAAACGAAAUGACAUCACAGGCACAUCCGAACCCUUCCAUCGCUCCCGACCUGUUUUACCUGCAGUUUAUUUUUUUUUCUCCUUACACCCUCCCACACCCCCCAUUAUAUGUCUUAUAUGUUUUAUAUGCACUGUGAGAUAGCAACCCAGACUGAACUGUGAAACCAACAUUCAGAGCAAAGAGAAUGUGUAACUCGUGUAAAACACACGCUUAGACGUCGUUGGACUGACCAGCUUUAUUUCUGAACUGGAAAAUCAGCUGCCACAAUGGAGUCAGUGCAGCGGUAGUAACAUAGCACUGUGACUUUAAUUCCACAUUUGUUUUCAAAGCUGUACAUGGUUUAUGUUAACGGUCUCGGGACAAAUAAGUGGUAUUUAUAUGUAUAUAUAUAUAUAUGUAUUAUUUAUUUAUUUAGUUAUUUAUUUAUUUUGUAACCUCUCACUACAAUAAAAACUUUUAUAAAACCAUAUCUGUAUAAAAAAUGCACAGUGGAAAAGUCUGGAAUAAAAACACUGAUUUUUAUAAUGUUUCAGCCAUUAAAGUCUAUUAAAGUCAUAAAUCUUACAAAGUC